AUGAAGAUGCUACUGGCUGUAUUCUUCUUGAUUCAAAGCUGCUACGCGGUUUAUUAUAAUUACUGCGCAUCGACCGGAACUUCCUGCACCUCCUUCCUGUCCACCUGCUCCAACGGUCUAACGUGCUUGUACCGAGACUCGCAGAAUCUCGUGUGCUGCCCGAACGCGUCGCGCUCGUGUGCAAACCUUGAUGAAGCCGGAACCAGCAUUUCCACUUGCGCCAGCAAUGCUGCGUAUUGCACGAACACUCUCUACACCUCACUGAUGAAAGAGCAGUGCCCGUCGACCUGCGGAUACUGUAGCUCAAGCUCUAUCUCCUCGUCCACAACCUGCGUUGAUCUGCUCAACCCGGACACCGGAGUAUCCGAUUGCCCAUCUCGUGCGUAUCUCUGCGACGAUGCGACCUACUAUUCCGUGAUGACCAGUUUCGGCAAAAUGAAGACUGAACUGGUCGUGCUCCUCUUCGUCCACUCUUGCGCGGGGAUCGUCUACAAUUAUUGCUCGGUGACGGGGACUUCCUGCACCGCUACUGGCGUCUGCUCCACCGGAUACACCUGCCUGUACCGUGACUCGAAGAAUAAGGUCUGCUGCCCAACGGCUUCUCGCGCCUGUGCUAAUCUUCUCACCGCCGGAACAACCACUUCGACGUGUGCCGGCCAAGCAUACCUGUGCUCGGACAGCCGGUACGCCGCGCUGAUGCAACAGCAGUGCCCGUCGACGUGUGGAUACUGUAGCUCCAGCUCAAUCUCCACUUCGACAACUUGCGUUGACCAGCUGAACCCGAGCACCGGAGUCUCAGAUUGCCCAUCACGCGCGUAUCUCUGCAACAAUGGUACCUACUACGACGUGAUGACCACCCAGUGCCCUGCGACUUGUGGUAGAUGCUCCAGCUCCUCGGUUAUCUCUUCCUCCACCACAUGCGUUGACCAACUGAACCCAUCUACCGGAGUGUCGGAUUGCCCAGCUCGCGCCGCGUCUGGACUCUGCGCAAACUCGGUGUACAUCCCCCUGAUGACCCAGCAGUGCCCGAGGAGCUGCGGAUUCUGCUCCGGAAAG